GAGAACGUCAACGGAGAAAAGAAAAGAAGGGGCCGGAGCCAGCAGGCUGGUUCGUGCUCAAUCAUCCUUGCUCGGCGAGACGGGAGUGAAAUGCGGGGACUCCUACCAUUGUGCCGGGGCCUGUCCUCCGGGGGCGGCCGCCACGCGAGGCCAAACGCUACGGUUGUCGGUUCUCGCUGCGGCUUUUGCGGAACCAUUAGCAAGCCACAGCCAAACUUUGGCUUGCUGUUUGACAUUGAUGGUGUUCUCCUCCGGGGAAGGAUGCUGAUUCCUGCUGCCAAAAAGGCCUUUGAGAAGUUGGUGGAUUCACAGGGACAGUUUGUGGUGCCACUGGUUUUUGUGACAAAUGCAGGGAAUUGCCUAAGACAAACAAAAGCAGAUCAGCUCUCUCACAUCCUUGGAGUACCGAUCACACAAGAUCAAGUCAUUAUGUCUCACAGUCCAUUGAGGAUGCUCAAGAAAUUCCAUGACAAGUGUGUGCUGGUGUCAGGUCAAGGACCAGUUCUGGAAAUUGCCAAAAAUCUUGGCUUCAAUAACGUCAUUAGUAUUGACAUGCUGAGAGAAUCAUUCCCGCUUCUGGACAUGGUGGACCACAACAGGAGACCCAAACUACCGUCCAAUCCUGUAGGUAACCUUCCCAAGGUUGAGGCUGUGGUUCUGUUUGGGGAGCCAAUUCGAUGGGAGACCAAUCUACAACUCAUCAUUGAUGUGUUGCUCACCAACGGCAAUCUCAGUAGCCAUCAUCAAAGCCAAAAUAGACCUCACCUGCCGCUGCUGGCUUGCAACAUGGACCUGAUGUGGAUGGCCGAAGCACAGUCUCCGAGAUUUGGCCACGGCACAUUUCUCGUGUGCUUGGAGAAUAUCUUUAAGAAGAUCACAGGUAAAGACCUCAAGUACGAGGCUCUGAUGGGAAAACCAAGUGAGCUGACCUACCAUUUUGCCGAGUUCCUCAUCCGAGGGCAGGCCGUGCAAAGGCAGUGGAAACGCCCCAUCACUUCCCUCUAUGCGAUAGGGGAUAACCUCAUGACUGAUAUCUAUGGCGCUAACUUGUAUAACCGCUACCUGGACAUGAGAGUUGCGAGAAAGAGCCCCAAAGCCAUCGCCAAGAUGGCGGCCGCCACAGGGUCUGCCACGGCGGUGCCCACGGAGGACGACGUCGACAACACGUGGGAGAGCGAGCUGGCGUUGCCCGCCGCCACUUCCUGUAAGUCUGUCUUAGUCUGCACGGGUGUCUACAACCCCACAGCUCAGGUGCCAAGCGACGCCAGCCGCUUCAUCAAAGAGACGGUUUUCCACGGCCACCGGGACUUUCGCUUCGACCCUGCCCUGGUGGAGCCGGGCCACAUUGUGCAGGAUGUGGCUGAAGCUGUUGAGCUCAUUUUUGAGAAGGAAAAGUUUGUGCCUCAGUAAAGGAUGAGAUUGAGGCAGGGCGGACUCCCACCUGUUACACUGUGGACUUUGUUCAACCACCACAGAGGGCUUUGACCCGCACUUGAAAAUACUCAGCAGCGGGACAGAUCUUAGAAAAAAAAAAUGCUGAUGUUUUGUCUGGCUUUUGUGAUAGUUGCCCAUUUUUUUCUUUUAGGGAACUGCCUUGUUUUACUCUGCUCAAUAUUUUUUUAAACCACAUUGAUGUUGGUGUCAUUACAAACCUGAGAUCAUGCUAUAUUUGUUACAAGAAGGCUUUAUCAAGCAUUUCAAACAUUGGACCAUUGUUGAGGGCCACCUUUUGAGCACUGCAACCGUUGACAUGUUUUAACCCUUACAAAUCUAUGCAUGACAGUGAGAAACUUGUUCCUGUAUGAACAAACUGUUGGACGUGCAAUAUUGUUCCCAAGUAGUUCAGCAUUGUGCAUACUUGUGAGAGACUUGACCAGUGUUUUCAUCUUUCUUACUUACCUGUUCACAGUUACCUUCGCUACCUUUAACAUCAAAAGCUUUCUUUUGAGAAAUCCAUAUUUGACCCUUUGUAGUAUUUUGUUCAAUGUAAAUACUCUAACUCCAAAAAAAUAUAAGGACUCAUCAC